GUUGCAACACCAACAACAUCUGGUGCCACAACUAACACAGAGGUUGCCACAAGAAACAUGGAGUCUGCCCAAGUUACCACAAUGGCUACGACAGCUACCACAGCCUCUCCCAAAUCAAUCACAGAUGGUGAACCUUCAUCCACAUCUGCAGGCAUUACAACAACAGAGUUUGCCACAACAACCACAAAGUCUGCUUCAACAUACACAUCCUCACCAAAAACCACCAAAGAGGUUGUAAUGACAUCCACCUCUUCUGUGACAGCAAACAUAGGUGUUGAAACUACACAUGAAUUUGCCAGUACAAACACAGAGGCUGCCACAACAACUACUUCUGAUCCCACGUCAACGACAGUGGAAUCCGGAAUAACAUCCACAGGGUCUGAAACAUCAUCCGCAUCUGCUGCCACAACUACCACAACAACAACAUCCUCACCACAAACCACUAAUGAAGUUGUAAUGACAUCCACAUAUUCUACGACAGCAAACAGUGUUGUUGAAACUACAACUGAAACUGCCAGUACAAACACAGAGGUUGCCACAAUAACUAUUGCUGGUUCCACACCAACGACAAUACUAUCAGAAACAACAUCCACUGGCACAGAAAUAUCAUCCACAUCUGCAGCCACAUCUAACACAGAGGUUUCCACAAAAAACCCAGAGUCUGCCGCAUUGACCACAGUGGCUUCCACAGCAACCACAUUCUCACCAGAAAAAACCACACAAGCUGAAACUUCAUCCACAUUUGCUGCCACAACUGGCAAACAGUUUGCCACAACAAACACAGAGACUGCCCCAACAACCACAGAGGUGUCCCUAACUACCAAAGGGGUUGUAAUAUCAACCAUAUCUGGUUCCACAACUAACACAGAGGUUUCCACAAAAAACACAGAGUCUGCCGCAUUGACCACAGUGGCUUCCACAGCCACCACAUUCUCACCAGAAACAACCACACAAGCUGAAACUUUAUCCACAUUUGCUGCCACAGCUGGCAAACAGUUUUCCACAACAAACUCAGAGACUGUGCCAACAACCACAGAGGUUUCCACAACAACCAAAGGGGUUGUAAUAUCAACCGUAUCUGGUGCCUCAAAUAACACAGAGAUUGCCACAAGAAACAUGGAGUCUGCCCAAAUUACCACACUGGCUACGACAGCUACCACAGCCUCUCCCAAAUCAAUCACAGAUGCUGAACCUUCAUCCACAUCUGCAGGCAUUACAACAACAGAGUUUGCCACAACAACCACAAAGUCUGCUUCAACAUACACAUCCUCACCAAAAACCACCAAAGAGGUUGUAAUGACAUCCACCUCUUCUGUGACAGCAAACACAGGUGUUGAAACUACACAUGAAUUUGCCAGUACAAACACAGAUGCUGCCACAACAACUACUUCUGGUCCCACAUCAACGACAGUGGAAUCCGUAAUAACAUCCACAGGGUCUGAAACAUCAUCCGCAUCUGCUGCCACAACUACCACAAAGUCUGCCACAACAACAACAUCCUCACCACAAACCACUAAUGAAGUUGUAAUGACAUCCACAUAUUCUACGACAGCAAACAGUGUUGUUGAAACUACAACUGAAACUGCCAGUACAAACACAGAGGUUGCCACAUUAACUAUUGCUGGUUCCACACCAACGACAAUACUAUCAGAAACAACAUCCACUGGCACAGAAAUUUCAUCCACAUCUGCAGCCACAUCUAACACAGAGGUUUCCACAAAAAACCCAGAGUCUGCCGCAUUGACCACAGUGGCUUCCACAGCAACCACAUUCUCACCAGAAACAACCACACAAGAUGAAACUUCAUCCACAUUUGCUGCCACAACUGGCAAACAAUUUGCCACAACAAACACAGAGACUGCCCCAACAACCACAGAGGUGUCCCUAACAACCAAAGGGGUUGUAAUAUCAACCAUAUCUGGUUCCACAACUAACACAGAGGUUUCCACAAAAAACACAGAGUCUGCCGCAUUGACCACAGUUGCUUCUACUGCCACCACAUUCUCACCAGAAACAACCACACAAGCUGAAACUUCAUCCACAUUUGCUGCCACAGCUGGGAAACAGUUUUCCAUAACAAACUCAGAGACUGUGCCAACAACCACAGAGGUGUCCACAACAACCAAAGGGGUUGUAAUAUCAACCAUAUCUGGUGCCUCAACUAACACAGAGGUUGCCACAAGAAACAUGGAGUUUGCCCAAAUUACCACACUGGCUACGACAGCUACCACACCCUCGCCAAAACCAAACACAAAAGCAGCUCAUGCAUACACAUCUGAAUCCACAACUAUUACAGAAGUUUCCACAAAAAACACAGAGUCUGCCUCAACAACAACAUCGUCACCACAAACCACUAAAGAUGUUGUAAUGACAUCCCCCUCUUCUACGACAUCAAACACAGCUGCUGAAACCACAUCUGAAUCUGCCAGUUCAAACUUAGACACUGCCACAAGAACUAUUGCUGUUUCCACACCAAAGACAAUACUAUCAGAAACAACAUCCACAGGGUCUGAAACAUCAACCGCAUCUGCUGCCACAAUUAACACAGAGCAUGUCCGAACAUCCACAAAGUCUGUCACAGCGGCCAAUAUAUCGUUGAGGGACUAG